UCUCCGAAUUUCAUUUAACAAAGUGGUGCGCGCAGAGGGGCGCUGGACUUGAGGCAAACAAUACAUACUACAUACCAAGUAACCGAUUGUGAUAGCUGUUAAAAAUAGAAUUCCGGACGUAGUCUGAAUUCGACUCGAGCUAAAUUGUUAACGUUGAUAUUAAAGGCAGAAAAGUAAAUUCCGUUACAACAAAUUUAUUUUCCAUUUGCUCUCCCCUUUUCUUCGUUGUUGAGUGAGUGAGUGUGCGUGCGUGUCAAUUUUACAGUGCAAAAGCUCGCAAGUAAGUAAAAGAGGUAAGGAAAGAAGAGAUCUGCCUUCUGUCUCUUUGUUUUUCGUCGACUCGAGUGCGAAGUAUUAGCCAGCGCUUUGUGAGGUUAAAUUAAAAUACAUAUUCUCGCACGUUCGUCAGUUGUGAAAAAGCAACAGGCGCACACGCACACACACUCAACCGAAUUCGAUUGCACGCAAGGACACGCGGAAGCGGCAAACACAAGGCUUAUUAUCGUUGGGUGGAAGUCAAUUUAUUGUAUGAGUCAAAAAACUGAAAGACCAGUGCUAUCGGGUCAACGCAUCAAGACCAGAAAAAGAGAUGAAAGAGAAAAAUAUGACCCAACGGGAUUCCGUGAUGCGGUCAUUGCUGGUCUCGAAAAAACUGAAGGCGACCUGGACCAAAUCUCUAAAUAUUUAGACAGCGCGGGCAACAAGCUCGACUAUCGUCGUUACGGUGAAGUUCUCUUUGAUAUAUUGAUUGCAGGAGGUCUACUAGUGCCUGGUGGUUCUAUAUCUCAGGAUGGCGAAAAGCCGCGCACAAGCUACUGCAUCUUCGAUGCGCCCGAGAGCAUGGAGAGCAUGCGCAACCAUGAGCAGGUAUUUGUCAAGCUUAUCAGACGGUACAAGUACCUUGAGAAAAUGUUCGAAGAGGAGAUGGGAAAGGUUCUAUUAUUCGUAAAGGGCUUUACUCCAAGUGAACGCAUCAAGCUUGCGCGUAUGACAGCGCUCUGGUUAGUUAACGGCUCUGUACCGCCAAAUGUUUUACUGGUACUAAACAACGAGCAUCUGAUCAAGGAUGGCAUUGCACUGGAGUUUCUACUAGAGCUAUUCCAGACGUUCAAGCAAGAGAAGGGCAUUGCAUAUCUGAUUCAGGCGCUUAAGAAGGGUGGACUGGAAAGCAAACUUAUGGACUUUUUCCCACCAAACAAACGUACUGAGGAAUAUUUUAAACAAGUUUUUCUUGACAAAGAACUCAACGAGAUCGUCAAGCUGCAUAAGGCUCAGGCUAGCCAGGAGGCGAAGCGUGAGUUGCAGCAGGCGCUCAUCGAUGAUAUCAACGAUGAGAAGCCAUAUAAUGAGAUAACCUCAGACAUUAAGGAAUUCUCGCAACGCACCAACAUUCCCGAUCAUGAAAUAAUUGUUAUUAUUUGGUCCACCAUCAUGUCAUUGGGCGAAUGGAACAAGAAGGAGGAGCUGGUUACCGAUCAGGCUGUUCGUCACCUGAAAAACUACUGCCCACUGUUGCAGGCUUUCGCCUCAACUGACCGAUCGGAGUUGGCCCUAAUCCUGAAGGUGCAAGAAUUCUGCUACGAGAACAUGAACUUCAUGAAGGCCUUUCAGAAGAUCAUUUUGUUGUUCUACAAGACCGAGGUCCUGUCCGAGGAGAUCAUAUUACGCUGGUACAAGGAGGGCCACUCAAACAAGGGAAAAAUGCAUUUCCUUGAACAAAUGCGAAAGUUUGUGGAAUGGCUUCAAUCAGCCGAAGAAGAAUCCGAAUCUGAGGACGAACAAAAGAAUGGCGAGUAACUUUAUUGAUGGCUAAAUAAAGAAGAACACAAACGAAGCCGCCCUUUACCAUCCCCAUCCGAAAAUUCGAAACCAGAACCUACAACAGCCAGUCGAACUAUAUAUACAACUCACCCCUAUAAAUAACGUCAUUUUGAAAACUCCACCUAUAUAACACUCAAACAAUUCCAACAAUAAAGGAGAGAGUAAAACAAAA